AAAAAAGGUAUACGUAUUGUUUUCCUUGUACAUUGUUGUGUACCUGUGUAGUAUCUGUCAAUCAUUUUGGACGGUCAUUAGUUGUAGAUAAAUACACAAUAGUAGUUACGUAGAUCACGCGGCGGGUUUGAGGAGUAAUGUAAUGAAAUGACUGUUUACUUUCAGUUUGAAAUUAAGUGUCAGUGCUCAAGUUUUAUUUUGUGAACUUUGGAUUUAAAUUUUCUGUUCGCCACUAUGGGUUGCACCCAAUCGUCCGAAAAAUAUACCGAUGGGGAUGGUCCUCCCCUUCCCCCGCCACGCCCUCCACGAAAACUAAAGAGACACCUUGUAAAACGGGAGGAUGUGUUUAAAGACAUCGACAACCAUGCCUUAAAGACACCUGGAUCCGCCGAGACGUCAGUGAGUAAGCUCGCCUCCUACCUAGUCCAGGAAGCCAAAUCAGACCUAGAGAAGAUCCGCGCCUUCUAUCGUUGGAUCACGAAUAAUAUAAGGUAUGACACUCGGCCAGACUUUCACGACAGAAAUAUUGACACAGAUGGAGCGACAGUUUUGCGCAUGCGAAGUUCGGUAUGCAUCGGUUAUGCGAAUCUGUUCACAGCGCUCUGCAGAGAAUGUAAAAUUCCUGUGAAAGUCGUUUCCGGAUUCUCCAAAGCAUUCAAUUACGACCCGGAGACGAGCUUCACUACCGAUCAAACACCCGAGCAUGCGUGGAACGCUGUUUAUAUUAACGACAACUGGCAGUUUGUGGAUUGCACGUGGGGAGCAGGUUCCCGAGACGACAGAGGAAACUUUGUCAAAAAGUUUUCAGAUUUCCAUUUUUUGACGGAACCCAAACUUUUCAUCUUGUCACAUUUCCCUUACAUGGGCAGCGAUAUGUCCAAAAGUCAAGCUUGGCAACUUCUUCCGAAACCCCUCACCCUGGAUACAUUCAGCAAACGUCUGAAGGGGUUCUCACAUAUGUACACAUGUAAAAUUAAACCUGUAUCUCACCCUGACGGCGUAAUCACCUUCUCCAACAAGAUAGAAGUUACGAUGCAAUAUCCCAAAUCUUCCUAUUUCUUUCUGAUGGCGCGAUUAUUCAAGAAACAGUCUGCUCGAGAGUUUGAUCAGUAUGUCCUUGUAGAAAAUAUUGAUGGUAGUCGUAUAAAAGUUAAGGUCAGUCCACCAGAAAGAGGAACCUACACACUGAAACUGUUUGGUCGUACUGACCCAAAAGUAGAGGAGCUGACUGCGUUAGCAAAUUACGUGCUGAAAUGUGAAGAGGUCGGGGACCAUGUCUUUGCUUUCCCGAAACACCAAGGUUCGUUCGGUCCUUAUCACGAUUAUGUCGAGGCGGGAUUCCACAGCUCAGUCGGUAAACAGGCUGUGAUGGAAAGCAAAAACGGAAAACUAGAUUUUCUCAUCAAAACUACGAAAAAUGUUGAAGCUAUUGCAAAGAUGGAGCACGCCACUAAAAAUCUCAAUCCAAAUGAUAACUAUAUUUUGCUUGAGAGGGAAAAGGAACAAUUAUACAUCAAAGCAAAGUUUCCUUCAAAAGGAUAUUAUAAACUCAGUAUAUUCACCAAAAAUGAAAAUGCUGAUACUUACUCUCCGAGAAUAGCCUACCUAGUCUUUUGCAGUCAAGAUGACCCAAAAUGUGAACCAUUUCCUAAAGUCUUUCCUCAAACAACGCAAUAUGAGUGUCGUCUGCUGUCUCCUGUCACGUGCGAGAUAAAGGCGCACGAGCAGAUCCUGUUCCGGUUCUCUUCUCCUAACAUCGUUCAGGCUCUGCUACACGAGACUCCCAUGGAGAAGAAGGGGACGGUUUGGGAGGGAACACUUAGGACCUCAGGACCCGGAGAGCGGAUUCGAGUCUCCGCUAGUGACCAGAAAGGUUCUAAGUAUUGGAGGAUAUACGAGUUUAGUGUUAUGUGAAGAACCCUACUUGUACAUGCAUAUGGAAGACGAUUUUCUUGGUACUAUAAAUAGACCGCAGUGAUACAGACUUUUUAAAAGAAGAAUCAUGUUUUAUAUAUACAAGGAUUACGAAUUAUACAAUGAAAUGUACUUAUUCAAGAGGAAAUAGAUCUGAUAUAAUGACAUGAUAGUGAUUAUUGGUGAUGCUGUCUUUCACGAACCGGCGCUCAAUCUUACACGGGCCUGUGGUCAAUCUUGCGGUCGCCUUCCACAGACUCUGUCCAGUCAUUCGUGGUGCUUAAUCUUCAUACUUAAAUUGUGGCAUUGUCUUUUUUAUUAUUUAUAUAUCUUUAAUGUAUAUACCACUAUGUAACUUUAUGAAUAAAUGAUACACUUUUUUGA